CAAAAACGCUGUCAAGCAGCAGCACACAAGCUAUUUGAGACACAACCCAGUAUCUUCCCCUCUCCCGCGCCUCUGGCCCUCGUUAAACGCUGGAAUGUUUGGAUAUGCUCGUCAUAUCCGUCAUAUUCUCCUUCAGGAAGUUAACAAUUGAACACAUUACACUCAUACUUUAUAUCCCUGCGGCAUCUGUCUGGUUCACAUACUCUCUGCCGAAGAUUAUUCCCAUAACUAAUAAUGAGAAUGGAACUAUCAGCGACAGAGUUCAGCACUUUGAGGCGAAGCUGAGUGUUGUCUGUCUGGUCGACGUCAAGUUUGGCGAGAUGCUGCUCUACGGGCUUCUGCUACUUUCUCUUUCCUUUUGGACGUCUCAUUCAGUGUUUAAAAUACCUUUAAAAAUAUUUGCGGGGAAAUUCAACGCGUCUGUGCAGCUGGACCUCAGGAGUUUGAGAAAGAGUCAAAGCGCAGUGGAGAGUGGACUUUCCCUGGCAUCGGAUCCAGCUGGGAUUGUCGACUUUCUGGACAUGAUCAAUAAUUUAAAAGGAGACUCUGGUAGGGGAUAUUACAUGCAGAUGGUCAUUGGGACUCCGGGACAAACUUUGAACAUCCUGGUUGAUACUGGAAGCAGCAACUUUGCUGUAGCUGCAGCAGCACAUCCCUACAUCACACACUACUAUAACAGAGCACUUUCCAGUACAUAUCAGAGCUCCAGCAGGGGAGUUGCAGUAAAAUACACACAGGGAGAAUGGGAGGGGGAACUGGGAACUGACCGCAUCACCAUUCCUCAAGGGCCCAGUGGUACAGUAACUAUCAACAUAGCCGCAAUCCUCACGUCAGAAGGCUUCUUUCUGCCUGGAAUCAACUGGCAGGGAAUUCUUGGAUUUGCAUAUCCUCUACUAGCUCGGCCUGACCCAUCAGUGGAGCCCUUCUUCAACUCUGUUGUGAGACAGACCGGCAUUCCAGAUGUGUUUUCUCUCCAGAUGUGUGGAGCAGGAGUCUCUGCCAGCACUACAGCUGACCCGGCAGGCGGCAGCCUGAUCAUGGGAGGAGUUGAGCCCACCUUGUACCAGGGUUCAGUUUGGUACACACCAGUCCUGGAAGAAUGGUACUAUCAAGUGGAAGUCUUGAAGCUUGAAGUUGGAACCCAAAAUUUAAACCUAGACUGCAAAGAGUACAACUCAGAUAAAGCCAUUGUGGAUAGUGGGACGACUUUACUGCGACUUCCUGGAAAUGUGUUUAGUGCUGUGGUGGAGGCCAUUAUGCAGACAUCACUGAUUGAGGAUUUCUCGACGGGAUUUUUUGAUGGCACCAAGCUUGCAUGUUGGAUGAGAGGCGAAUCACCAUGGAGGCUUUUUCCGAAAAUCUCAAUCUACCUCAGAGCAACGAACACCAGCCAGUCCUUUCGCAUCACCAUUCUUCCACAGCUGUACGUCCAGCCAGUCACCAGUAUUGACGGCACAUUGGACUGUUUCCGUUUCGGAAUCUCCCCUUCAGCAAACGGCCUGGUCAUUGGAGCCACUGUGAUGGAGGGCUUCUACGUCAUCUUUGACCGUGCACAAAAGAGGGUGGGCUUUGCCGUUAGCACUUGUGCAGAAAACGGUGGUGUGCCAUUUGCAGAGAUCGCCGGGCCGUUCCUAGCUGAAGGAGUAGCGUCAGACUGCACGAGUGGCGUGCCUCUCAGGGAACCGGUGAUGUGGGUGAUCGCGUACGCUCUGAUGGGCAUAUGUGCCUUGGUUUUGAUCGUACUCCUCAUCUUGCUCAUACUGCCUUGCCGACGGCACAGAGACGGCGAGAUUACAGACGAAUCCUCGCUGGUGCGGCAUCGCAUCAAGUGACGUCAGGCAUCAACUGAAGACGAGGAGGCACCAACUCAGCAAAACAGGGCUGAAGGAAAUCAGAGCAGGUAACGCACUGAGCUCCGGGUGAGAUUACAUACAUUCCUGUUUGUCUGGGUGGAAGAUGCUGGGAUUUGGACAUUUGUUGACGCUUGUGGACUUUUACAGUUGACAGAACUUUUCAAGGAAGAGGAUAAAACUACUGAAGGAUGAAGGAAUCAUGAUUAUACAUGCGAUUCUUAUAUAAAAAAAAAACGAAAUCAUAAAUAAAAGUGCCCUAAUAUGAGUAUCAA